AUAGUAAAUGACAUAUUUUACCUCAUAAUAUUAUUUCAAAGAUUUUAUAUAAUUUUAAUGUCAAUAAAUUUAAAAAUAAUAGUAAAUACAUAGUCACAUAUAUAGAUAAUAUAUAUAAACAAUAAAUAUAGUAAUAGUAUAUAAAUACUCACUAGGAUUUCAUUUAAAAGAUUACAUAUACAUUAUAUAUUCCUGAAAUAUGGUUAAAAUAAAACAAAGUGUGUGCCUAAUACUUUCAUCAUUAGUUUUUGUGUACACUUUUUAUGUUGUUGGGAAAUUAAUGCUAUUUUUGUCAAAUCCCGGAGCUACUUCAAUAAAGUAUACAUGGAUUCUGAAUAUCCUAGAUAAUCAAUCGCGUUUGGAAACAGCCUUUGUGGCAUUAGUUUUUGAUGCAUUAUAUGUAAUUUUGUUCAUACUUCAACAUAGCUUAAUGAAAUCAAAUUUAAUCAUAGCUAUUUUUGAGAAAACUGGACUUGGAUUAAUAGAGAGAAGUGUUUACUGUCUGACAUCAUCGUUAUGUUUAUAUUAUUUAAUUGAAAACUGGCUUUCUGCUCCGACCAUUGUUUUGUGGCAAAUAAAUGUAGCAGACAAUCCUUCCCUGUGGUGGAUGUUUGUUCUUGUUCACGUUUUCGCAUGGAUUGUUAUUUAUGGAGGAAGUUUAAUUAUGGAUCUGCCAGAAAUUAUGGGGCUUAAACACGUGUACUACGAUAUUAAAGACUAUGCUCCUCCAAUGGCUUAUAAAUCUUUUGAGUUGAGACACUUGUAUGGACAUAUCAGACAUCCGUCUUUUAUUGGAUUUUUAAUUGUGCUUUGGUUUACAAAUUUAAUGACGGUGGAUCGUCUUCUUUUGUCAAUAAUGCUCAGUUUAUAUAUGUAUGUUGCAUGGUCUACCGAUCAUAAUGAUGUAAUUUAUCAAAAAUGUCAGCUGCAGCGAAAAAGAGAAGAAUUAAAGAGCCACUGAUUGAUCGAAUAAAAAUUUAACUACGUGCAACUUUUUAUAGUUAUUUUUUUAAGUUCUUAGUUUGCGACGCUAUGAAAGUCGAAAAGAAUUUAUUGUUGAAACAUCUGGAAAUAGUAAAAGAAACAUCUGGAAUUUGAAUUAAUAACAAUCAUAUUAACUCGUUUGAUGUAAGCAGAUUAACAAAAUUGUUAUAUUAUUUUGUGAAGAGUAGAUGGAUAUAAUUUUUUGUACAAAGUUUUAAAAUUAAUAGUUUUUACAUAUGUAAUUUUGUUUCACACCUCAUUGAAAUAAGACCUUGUAUUUUAUGAAAAUUCAAUGUAAAUAAUGAAUCUUAUUAACUUUUACUUUUUUUUUUGCUGAUGAUCAUUAACAUUUAAAAAAAAUUUGAGAAAUGAAAUUUUAACUUAAAAUAAAUCGCAAUUUAAAAUUCUUUUAGAAUAGAUAACUUUCAUUUUUGGAAACGGAAUAUGAUUUAAUAACUUUAAUGUGCAUAUUAGGAGGGAAACAUAAAAUUUUCAAUUUUGCCAUAGCAGGUUCAGAAAUUAUUAAAAAAUACCAAAUAUUUUUUUUCUUUGUUUACGUAUG